AUGACGACAAGAGACUGCAUUUGGUUUUCAAAGAUCUCACAUGCUGCUCGUGCAGCGCCUGUGCGGAAGCAGAUAAAUUCUUUUCGUAAUGUAGAGCAUGACUACCGGGAAGACCCAAAAGCGGUUAUGGUUGUCGAUAGUAAUGAUUAUGUUUAUGGCGAUGAAGUCAUAGACGACUAUCCGAUGAGAUACCGUUUGGUUCGUCCGCGACAGCGUUUUGUGCAUUUGCCAUUAUCGCUGCGUAAUCGAGUUAAUUUCCCUGCUCGUCGGCAAAAUGGAACCUAUUUUCCAGCUUCGAGGGGGAUAAACAGAAGAGCCUUCUUUUUAAAACCAAGGCCUAGAGUCUUUCGACCGAUUGGCGCAGGUGCUAAUGUUCAAAAUAACCGGUUUAGUAAAAAUUUUUAUGUUGGCGCUUCCAAAUCUUUACGAAGCCAGAGUUCUGGUCGAGGUCGAGGGGUAAGGAAUCGAGGUAAUUUUAACUCGAAUAGGUUCAAGAGAGAGCCAGUAACUCAUGAAGAUCUUGAUAAGGAGCUCGAUGCCUAUAUGAAAAAAGGAAAGCAUCCUCAGAUUGACGUUUCAGAUCUUGUAUGA